AUGGGAGCCCACUCGAUUUACUCGCUAUUCUCGCUGUUCCAGAUGGGCCCGGCGGUCUAUAAUUCAAUUGAAGCGACUGCAUUUUGCGUGGCGAUGAUUGGAAAUGUGACGCUAUUUUUCUUGAUCAUCUUCAAAACAGAUCAGGAAAUGGAAGUUUAUAAGAUUGUGCUAAUUUAUAACUGUUAUUCCGAUGUGGUUUUGACGGUUUCGUCCUUCUUCUGCAAGCCGGUAAGCAGUUGCUGUCACUGUCCAAGAAUUGGUACUUAUUGACGGAGAGAUAAAGGCUUUCGAUGCGACAGAAUGCUCAUUAUUUUCCCGACAAACUGAAUAUUUCAAUAACCAGAGCGUUCUCUUCUGGAUCUUACAGUGGCGGACCACUAUAUCCAAUGGCAGAAAACGUACCAUUUUCUUCCGGGAAGUAUCAAAAAUGCAGCAAAAUACCUCCCUCUCCAAGUGAAAAAAACUCCGAUUUCAAAAGCGCGCCCGCUCUUUUGGUGAAGUAAAGAGCGCGCUCUUCGAAACGGAGUUUUUUCCACUUGUAGAAGGAGGUAUUUUGCCACAUUUUUUGAUACUUCCCGGAUGCAAAAUGGUACGUUUUCUGCCACUGGAUCAAGCGCGUCACUGUUGACGGGAAAACAAUUAAGAAAAGGUUUUGAUCGGAAUCCUUUUCUUUCAGUUCUUCGUAAUCUACGAAGGCGAAAUGUUCAUGAUGGCACAGAAGCUGUUCAACACGCCUUCAAGUCUCUAUGACUUCAUUCUUUACGAUACGUUUGUUUUUGUGUUCUACCAACUGUUCAUGGUGGUCCCCUUGAGUUGCUAUUAUCGAUAUGAAGCAGUUUGUCGGUAAGAUCAAGUUCCCGGUUGGCAACUCCUUCAGAGCUCAUAUAAUCCCGCCGUUGAACUUUUUCAUCCUCGCCGUCUUGGCAGAUCUUAUACCCUUUCUUAAUUUCCUCACAAACUGGUGGUCCGUGUAUCCGGAUGAGGAAAAAUUGGCCGUGUAUAAGACAAUGGUGGCCAAUUCGACGUCCAAGUUGUUUGAUGGCUCAAAGAUUGCGGCGUUGAGUAUUAAUGUAAGGUUUUUAUCGGAAUGCAAAUGUGGGUUCGGGACGAUUAUAAUGACGGCCUGAUCCAGUGGCAAAAAACGUACGAUUUUGCAUCCGGGAAGUAUCAAAAAUGUGGCAAAAUGCUUCCCUCUCCAAGUGAAAAAACUCCGAUUUCAAAACCGCUCUUUUUUUGAGGGGAAGGGCGCCCUUUAAAACCAAGUUUUUCACUUGGAGAGUGAAGGAUUUUGCCGCGUUUUUGAUGCUUCCCGGAUGCAUAAUGUUGCGUUUUUUGCCAUAAACUCUUUUUUUUCUGAGCGGCUCAUAACCGACUCUUCCCUAGUGAAAUGAACUAGCUAUAAACACCUUUCAGAGUCACGUGGAAGCCGGCCUAUCCAUCACUUUCGGGAUGACCACAAUCCUCUUAUCCUACAUCACAACCGCAACUUUUCUGCAUAAAGUCAUAGCCACAUUCCGCGUGCGGAAUGAGCGCUCCAAAUGGCAUGAUGUCAACAAGCAGAUCGCCAAAGUCAUGGUGAUUCAGGUAAGGUAUUAAAGUUAUUUUAAAUUUGCGCCAAGUCCCAUCAAAAUCUGAGCGUCGCACUUGCGCUACUUCCACUCUCAAUUUUAUCAUCAUUUCACAACUUUUCCGGAAUUCUUUAGAUGUGCGUGCCGCUGGCAAUUUCCACACCAGCGUUGACGUUGAUGUGGGCAAUGUAUGUGUUCCAAUUCGAGGACGACAAAUACCACUACAUUGUGAAUAUUUUGAUGACAUUGACGCCGCUGGUGAACCCAUUCACCGGGAUCUUUUGCAUCGAAGCGUACCGCGGUUAUUUGUCGCGCCUGCUGUGUGGGAAACGGACAACCGCUGUGGCAACGUACAGCCAGAGCUCGGCUGGGAGUUUGCAUUCGUCGCCGUAG